AACUUAUUAAAUUACUUUUACUUUGACCCGUUUCUUUUGUCCUGGUCGGUGUUCUAAACAACUGUAUCCAGACACCUUAAAUUCUUACCCUAUGGGAGCUCAAAUCCCUCAAUUUUUCUUUCUCAGUAUAUUGUAAUAGUGCAUUUCCAUUCCUCACUUGCUAAUUCCUUUCCUGUAGUUUUAUGAAGAGGUGCCACGGGAUAGUGAACAAAACAUUUAUCAGGACAUCUUGUAAACAUCUUGAUUACUAUACAUCAUCAAAAUCAUUAAUGAUUCAUCAGCUAAACACAAUGGAAAAUCAUUCCGUGCCUGAGAGAUUUGUCCUGAUUUGCAUACAGUUAAUUUUAAUUCAAUUUUCUCUUAAAAAUUAUAAACUUCAUCUAGCUUUAGAUGGGCUCUAAAAGGGUAAGGGCUAAUAUUUUAUAUUUUAUCUGAAUGUUAAUUAAUAAGAUAAUCUUCUAAUGUUUUCAUUCAGUACAGUGUUGUUCUUGAUGCUGGCUCAACACAUACAGAUCUGAUGGUUUACCGUUGGACAAAAAAGGAUAUUAUCCAUCACACUGGACUUGUAAAACAGAUUGGUUAUUGUACAAGCAAAGGAGGAAGUAUUUCCAGCUACUCAAAAACGAAUCCUAAUCAAGCAGGGGAAUCUCUUCAAAAUUGCAUUGAUGAUACUGCCAAAAAGUUGAUUCCUUCAUAUUUACAUCAUAAGUCACCAAUUUAUCUUGGGGCUACUGCAGGAAUGAGACUUGUAGAGAAAGUGGAUGAAAAGGCUGCCAAAGCAAUUAUGAAAUCAGUCAGACAUGCAUUAUUCAAGUCAAAUUUUAAGUUUGGAGAUGGCAAUGCCAGGAUUAUCACUGGAGAAGAAGAAGGUUUGUCGUCAUGGGUAACAGUCAAUUAUUUGAAAGGAACACUGCUUUAUAGAGAGAUUUUAUCCAAUUCAAGACGUGGCGAGUCCAAUAGUUACUUGGUUGGUUCUCUUGACAUGGGUGGAGCAUCAACUCAGAUUACAUUUUCUCCAARUCACUCUGAUAUUAUCCCCUCAAGUUAUGUAAAGGAACUGAGAUUGUACGGCAAGACAUAUCAGCUGUAUACUCACAGUUAUUUGUGUUAUGGCAAGAAAGAGGCUGAAAGACGACUGAUGGCUUUAUUAUUACAUGACAAGUUGGAUGAAGUUCGUAUCAAUCGUACCAUGGCCAAUCCWUGUGCAAAUGUUGGUCUUGUUGAAAAUAUAGCUAUUAAUUACAUAACAAAAUCUCCAUGUAUCAAGGAACCGUCUUCUGGUUGGCAUAUCAAUGGCUCUUAUGUUGCUAUCUAUGGUACUUCAAAUGUAUCUCAGUGUAUAUCUUAUGUGAAAAGACUGUUCAACUUUACCAAUUGUUUAUCAAACAAUUGUUCCUUUAAUAGUGUCUAUCAACCACCAGUUAAUGAUACUCAAUUUGUGGCGUUUUCAAGCUACUACUAUAUGGUAGAUGAUCUUAAUUUGACAGGGAAUGGUAAUAUAACACUCACAAAACUCAAAGAAACAGCAGACACGUUUUGUGGGCAAUCUUGGUCACAGAUAAUAAAAGGAAAACCACCAAAAAAAGCAACAGUGUUCAAGACUGUCUGUUUUGAUGCCCAGUAUAUUUAUUUUAUCCUAASAAAAGGCUACCAUAUCAAUGAUGACACGUCACAAGUGCGCUUUACUAACAAAAUUCAAGGUACUUCCUUAGGUUGGGCCCUUGGUUUUAUGAUUAAUGCAACAAACCUUAUCCCGGACAAAGAACCUGAAUACCGAGUACAGACGGUAGCAUUUUUGGCGGUUAUCRUCGUUGGAGCAAUUCUCUUAAGUCUUGGCGUGUUACUAUUAAUCAUGGCGUCACGAAGGGUUAUCGAUCGAUGGAAAUCUAACACUGGACCCUCGGCUUAAUCGUACCGGCGCGUCUAAAGUUUCUGCAACAUUUUACAAGAGUGCAAACACUAAAACCAUGAAAACUUUGGUAGUCAAAUAUUGCUAAAUUGUACUGAAUUAUUCGGAUUCCUUUGUUUUCUAUUUUGU